AAGAUCAAAUCUUGAAUCUUGACAUAAUGUGGCCACUCUCUGUUUAUUGCUGUAAAUUAAAGUGUUACGGGCUCUGGGCCUGAGUGUUAUCUUAAUCCCUGCCUCAGUCUUACGCCGCCAUUGUUAAUGUACAGUUAUGAAUGUGCACGGGUUUGCUCCGGCAGCUCCUCGGGUCAUCAGGCUGAAAGCUCUUCUAUUGGUGGCCACCAUCAGACAGCGUCCUAAUCCGCCCCACAAGUUAUAUAAAAUGCCUGUCCAAUCCCGCGCCACGCAGAGGAACAGCAGCUCUUGGCGGUCUGCUUGUGUGACUUACUAAGUCCUCCAGAGGAAACAGCGCCGGACAGGGGCACCAUGAUCUUCCUGGUGGACCUGCUGCUGAUGCUCAUCGACCUGACCUGCUCCAUCCUGAGCGCCGUCGUCCAGACGUUCCUCCGGCCGAGGCUCAAGUGCAUCGACGGCGAGCUGUGCCUGAUAACGGGGGCCGGGGGCGCGCUGGGUCGCCUCUUCGCCCUGGAGUUCGCCAAGGAGGGAGCGCACCUGGUGCUGUGGGACUGCGACACGGCCGCCAACGAGCAGACCGCCAAGCUGGCGCGGGAGAUGGGGGUUCAGGUGCACACGUACACGGUGGACCUGUCCAAGCGCCAGGGCAUCUACGAGGCGGCGGGCAGGGUGAGGGCGGAGGUCGGGGAGGUCUCCAUGCUGGUGAACAACGCCGGCGUGGUGGCCGGCCGGAGGCUGCUGGAGUGUCCCGACGAGCUGCUGGAGAGGACGCUGCUGGUCAACUGCCACGCGCUGUUCUGGAUGACAAAGGCCUUCCUGCCUCAGAUGAAGGCAAAGAACCACGGUCACAUUGUAACUGUUGCCAGCGCUCUUGGGCUGUUCACCACUGCAUGUGUGGAGGAUUACUGUGCCAGUAAAUUUGGAGCUGUCGGUUUCCACGAGUCUCUGACUCACGAGUUGCUGGCAGAGAACCUGGAUGGCAUCAAAACCACUUUAGUCUGCCCUUAUAUCAUAGACACGGGGAUGUUUGCUGGCUGUGAGAUCAGAAAGGAGCUCCGCAGUCUGAUUCCACCUCUGAAGCCGCUCUACACUGUGCAGCAGUCCAUGAAAGCCAUUUUAGCCGAACAGCAAAUGGUCUGCAUUCCUCGCCUCAUGUACAUCCCCUUCCUCACACGAGCAUUGCUACCUUGGGAGGCAAAUCUGGCAACAUAUCGCUUCAUGGGAGGUGACAAAUGCAUGCUACCAUUCAUCAAGAACGUGGAACUGAAGACCUCCAACGGCCACGUCAAAUCCUCCUAAGUCCUGUCAGAACGCCUCGUGUUAAAAACCUGUUAAAUGUAUGAACUGAUGCAGACACCAAAGGCUCUUACUGUAUAUUGUUAAUACGUGAAUUUGUCAGAUUUGAAGGGAGGGCUGUUUUAAGCAUGUGUUUCUCUUGUCCGUUGAGGGCAAACUUGUUGGGUCAUGUAAGUGGACCUGAAGGACUGCCAGGAAUUGCUUCAGGAAAACAGGGUUCCCCACACCUUCUUAAACAUCCAACUCAGGGAUGUUUGAAAGACUUUCCCGGCCAAGUUAUCUCAUAUUCAAGGAACUGACACAGUGUAUUUUGAGACAUGAAUCAAGGCUAUUUACCUUUACAACACUUAAUUUAAUUAUGACAACUAUCAGGCUUUACAGGACACAGACAACAGUGUAAAAUAAGAGAGGCUUGAAUGUGUCUCAGUUGUGUUACAGUGAACUUCACUGAUGUUAAGUCAAAUAUAUAUAUUUAAACAACUUCACAGACAGUAGUUCUGAAUUGUUAAAUGUUGGGGUAUGAAGUUGUGUGUGUGUGUGCAUGUGUGUGUAGUCUAAACCAUUCACCCCGUUAGAAGACACUAUAACAUCAACAUGAUUCUGAAGCUGAUUUUUUUUAAAAAGGUUAAAUAACAAAAAACUCAACAACAGUUUAAAAAGAGACAGCAGUGACAACAGAUCUAUACAAGUGCUUCUUUUAUUCACAUUAACAAACAGUGCAGAAACAAAGACGAGACAUGGACAAAUCUACAGGAAAAACAUGCAACAGAAAAAAAUAUUAAGCAUUAUGAUUGAGCCACAGUCUACAGUCUCCAAAAAAGGAAUUCAAACAAACAAAAGAAGCGCUAAAGAAGUCCCUCCCAUAUAAAUUCUGAUGUUCAGCGUUCCAAAAUACUGUUGAAAUAUACGUCUGCUGAUACUGCUGUAACUGAAAUAAAC